AUGUUCAUUAGUUUAGGCAUCAUUUGCCAGACAGUAACAGUCUUCGGUACAGUAAGCAACGUUAUAAACUGUAUCAUUUUCGUGAAGCAAGGAUUCUCGGACACCAUAAACAUAAGCCUGCUAUCAUUAGCCCUCUCCGACCUUUGUUCAUUACUAUGUAUCAUGUGGAGCAAUCUUUGCUUCACACCCGCUUUUCAAGAUUCCGGUAUCCCUAUGGCAACUUAUGAAGUUCAUUUAAUCACCGGAAGUUGGCCACAUGUAAUCUUCACAAGAACGACAGGCUGGAUUACAGCGUUCAUUAGCCUCGAGAGAUGUGUUUGUGUGAUUCGUCCCUUGAAAGUGAAGACGAUAUUUACUAGAAGGAGACAUAUCCUGGCAAUGAUAUCUUUCUUUGUUAUACCAUUGAGCUGUGGAUCUUUGGCAUAUCUUUGCGCUGGACUCGAAUGGAGAUUUUCCCCAGAAAGAAACAGGACCUUGAUUGGCCUUGUCUAUCAUAUGGAUGCUUACAGACGAAGAAUAACACACUCAGUUUCCUAUGCAGUCAAUGGCGUUCUCAUGCCAGUCUCUUGCUUUGUGUCUGUAGUGGUUCUGACAACUGUACUUGUAACUAAAUUAAACAAAAAAUCAGCUUGGAGACACUUCAACUCUUCGUCUGUAUGCCAGAAAGCAGAUAGUUCAAAUAACAAAGUAAACAUUAAGGACAUGAAAGCAGCAAAAAUGGUGGUUCUGAUAUCCAUCAUUUUCAUUACUAGUUUUAUUCCCGCUGUGGCUAUCUUUAUAGCUGGAUUUGUUGAUCCACAGCUGAGCUAUGAUGGGCUGUACAAGAAUCUCUUCCUGGUUACAUUAUCAGUGUCAUUUACAACAGAGGCCUUCAACUCCAGCAUCAACAUCUGUGUUUACUUCGUAAUGAGCACGAAAUACAGACGGUCUUUUCUUAGAAUGUUCACAUUCUAUACAUCUGGAAAUGCACCGUAA